GCAAAAGUCAAAACACGAGAAUGCAAUAUGCAUUAAAAAAUUUAGGCAAUUUUAAGUUCUAGAUCUACCUAAUUAGAAAUAAUACACACGAAUUAUUUUUAAUAUUUAUCUAGAAAGAAAAGACAUUCUAAGCCUAUUGUCUAAUCUAUUUAUAAUAUGUUUUGGAAGAAAUAGUUAUUUGUAGUGAUUGCAAUUAAUUAAAUGUUUUAAAAUAUCGAAAUGGGUAAUCAACUUGUGGGCAUAGCGCCCUCACAGAUUUAUCCUGUGGAGCAUUAUCUUAGUGAUCAUGUCGACCUAUGUUUUGACCAAAGCCUUGGAUCAACAAGGUUUUUCAAGGUGGCCAGAGCCCGCACCAGGGAAGGUUUGGUGGUGGUCAAAGUGUUUGCUAUUCAUGAUCCAUCAUUACCUCUGGCCGAACAUAAGGAGAGGAUACUGAAAAUAAAGGAGCAAUUAGCUUCUGCGUUCAAUUGCUUACCAUUUCAAAGAGUUAUUCUUACAGACAAAGCUGGUCUGCUCAUUCGCGAGUACUGUAAAUGCAGCGUUUACGACAGAAUGUCGACACGUCCCUUCCUCACAGUGCUCGAAAAGAAAUGGAUAACAUUUCAAGUGUUAUAUGCUUUACAUAGGAUGCAUAAAAUUGGCAUUUGUCAUGGUGAUAUAAAGUUAGAAAAUAUAAUGGUAACAUCAUGGCUAUGGGUUUUACUCACAGACAUAGCGUCUUUCAAGCCAACCUUUCUUCCUGAUGACAACCCUGCUGACUUCAGCUAUUUCUUUGACACAUCCCGUAGAAGACUGUGCUAUGUCGCGCCGGAGAGAUUUGUGCGCGCCCCUGACCCACAUAAUAGACAAGCUGGUGAUGAUAAGAUGGCGGGAUUAUUGCUGAGUGAAUCACCCUGUAGGAUCGGCGAGCUUGUACCAAGCAUGGACAUAUUUUCUACAGGUUGUGCUCUCUUAGAGCUCUGGAACGAUGGUACUCCAGCAUUAGACCUCCCAGGUCUUUUAGCUUACCGCAAUGGAGAAGAUCGUCCACCAACGAUGACGCUACCACAGAACUGUGACAACGACUUACAAGAGCUCCUCCGGUCUAUGACUGAACGAAACCCUAAGGACAGGAAAAGUGCAGAGAUAUAUUUGGAUGAAGCUAGGGGCAAAUUAUUCCCAGAAUACUUCUAUUCGUUUCUACAAUCGUACAUGCUGAUAUUCUCAGCCCAGCCGAUCCUGCCCGCGGACGAGAAAAUAAGCCGUAUCCACCAAGACAUAAAGAACAUAAUAAAGAUCUUCACUCAACCCUCCGACGAGAAAAACUACCAGGAUCUGGUCGACGAGACCACAGAGAGUCAGAAGGUCGAAAUUGACACAUUAGCCAAGGAAGGGUUUAAAGUUAUGACCGUGAAUGUGACAGACUUCGAAGAGGAGGUGGAAAAACAGCCGGAAAGGGCUGAAAAGGGUCCGGAUAGUGAAGGCUUAAUAUUGAUCACUUCACUCGUUACAUCUUGUAUAAGAGGGUUGCAUCAUUGUACUUCCAAGUUGCAGUGUUUGGAAAUAUUGCAGUUGCUAUGUGAGAAUUCCAGUUCGGAAACCAUUUUGGACAGGAUAUUGCCGUAUAUUAUCUACCUGUCGCACGCGCCGGAAGCGCGAGUGCGCGCGGCCGCGGUGUGGUGCGUGACGCGCUGCGUGUGGUGCGUGCAGUCCCUCCCGCCGCAGGACUGCAACGUGUUCCCGGAGUACAUCCUGCCGGAGCUCGCCCCGCGGGCCUCCGACCCGGCGCUGCCCGUCCGCAUCGCGUACGCUAACAACAUCGCAAAGUUAGCGGAAACGGCGGUACGUUUUCUGGACCAAACUCAAAACAUGGUGGACAAGGAAGCUGCCAAUAUCAACUACGAAACGGAAUUGUCCGCUCUUCAUGAAAUGGUACGAUCCACCGUCUCGUAUCUCCUAACAGAUUCGCAAGCAGUGGUGAAAAGGGCUUUAGUUGAAAACGGGAUUACCAAACUUUGCGUGUUCUUUGGGAAACAGAAAGCGAACGAUGUGAUCCUCUCCCACAUGGUAACCUUCCUCAAUGAUAAAGAGGAAGUGGCCCUCAGGGGGUGUUUCUUCGAGCGCGUGGUGGGGGUCGCCGCGUACGUGGGACAACACGCCGCACCGAUACUCUUGCCUCUUUUGCAGCAGGGUCUCACGGAUCCAUCGGAGUGGAUAAUCGCAAAGGCGAUAAGAGCUAGCAGCAGUCUAGCGGAACUAGGUCUGUUGCCCAAGCAAGCUCUCUGUUCGCUUCUAGCCGAGAGCGCCGUGUAUCUGGCGCAUCCUAAUUUGUGGAUACGACAUGAAGUAUGCGGUCUAGUUGCGUGUGUUGCGAUUCUGCUGAACCCAAUUGAUGUGAACUGCAAGAUAUUGCCGCUAGUGUGGCCGCACCUUAAGCAUAAACUCAUACAGGUAGAAAGAGCUGAGCUACUGCUCGAGAGUCUAGCGGAACCUAUACCCAGGAAAGUGCUGGAUGCUGUUCUGAGGCACGGAGAUGUUGAUAGAUUGGUGCAAACACUGCGGGAGAGGAAGAACGCUAGAUUACGGGUAAAGCAAGGUAUGAUACCACAGUAUUCCGAAAUGGGACAACAACUGAAAAACUUAUUCAGACGAUUAGCAUCUGAUGGUAUGACGGAGCAUGUGGAAAAUCAAUUGUUGGCAAUGAGCGCUCACCUCAUUAAAAUACAAAGCUCGGCGACACAGCACAUAACAGAAGCGCCCGGUCGUCUCAUAUUAUCUCGAAGCGGUCUAUCUCGCUCCGUGCAACUGGACUCGGGCGCUGGAGACACGCUGGCCAACGUGACCGAUAAAAUGUACGCUUCUGCGCAGAAUCGAAAACCUCCAAAACCUGGAAUACCACAUGAGCCACAUAUGAAUACAGAGUGGCAGCAUAUGUUCGGGCAGACACAAGAUAUGGUUGCUGGUAAGGGCCCAGACUCGCUAACCCAAUCAGUGGGCACUAGUGCGCUGGGGCUGGGCAGCGUGGGCGGUGGGGGCGGUGGGGGCGGUGGGGGCGGCGGGGGCGCGGGGGCGAGCGGGAGCGCCAGCGCCGUCGCCGCGUCUGCGCCCGCGCACUCGCAGAUGGGGCACAGCGCGAGCUAUGUGCAAUAUAGUAUGGCGCCCUGUAGAGUUGAACUGAGGAAUCUCAUAAGUCGCACACAGCAGAAGUUUCAAAAGUCUCUGAGGAGUCAAGAUACUACAAUAGAGAGUAGCGAUGAGUUAAUACCGCCGCCAACGUGGCGGCCCGGGAAUCAUCUGCUUGCGUAUCUGCAUGAGCAUAACUGGAAGCGCAGAUCCCACACGCAUAUGGCCCCACUGGACGUGCCCACCGCGAGGAAGCCCGCGCUGUUCGCGUACAGGCACGUGUACACACCUUGUUUCAGGUCGCCCUGGAGUUUCCACGCGUUACCUGGAAAGCGCUCUCAAAUCCCAUCCAACGAUCGUAGCAUUGAGCGUAGCGUAAGAUAUAACGCCAGCGUGCACGCCGCCUGCGCUUGCGCACGCGACACAUCCGCCUUCAACACUCGUCUCCAACUGACGGCAUUGGGACAGCCAUUUUUUGGUUACAGGAGUAGAAUAAUCGAUGGGACAACAGUUAUCCAAGAGUGCUGUAAAUCAAACCCGUCCACGCCUCCCUCUCUCGCUGAAGACAAUGUUUAUAGAACAGUGGAGUCAAGGUCCUUCUAUCACACCGCGCCUAUAACAGAUAUAACACUCGUAGAGGCAAACAAAUGCUAUUUGGUGAGCUCAUCUGCUGAUGGUGUGAUAAAUGUUUGGAAAUAGUUUUGCUCAUUGUGAUGUAUUUUUAACUGUCCUAUGUGGAUAUAUGUAUAUAUUGUGCAAUAUAUUGUUAU